UUGAGGGUGAACACUGAAUUCCUCUGGGCCAAUUCUCUUCUAUCUCCUACAUAUCCUCAAAUCACUAUGAGAUCCACAUUUCGAUUGCUGGCCAACGUCAAGUCGGCCCGGUACUUGGAGCCCUUUGCUCCUACCGGCUUGACCGGCCUUGUCACCCACCCCAGCCCUCGUCCCACCCUAAUCCACCUCUACAGGACCACCUUGGAGAACUUGAAGAGCUUCCCAGAGUCCUCCGUCUACCGGCAAUCCACCGAAGCACUGACACGCCACCGCCUGCAGAUCGUCGAGUCCGUUAAGCCCCCAGGUUAUGAUGCUUGGCUAGAGCGCGUGAAGAAGGCUGUCAGUGCCGAACCCGAGCGCUUCGCUUCUCUACGCCUCGCCGAUGGAACUUAUGCGGGAUUUAUGCGCAAUGAUGGAACCGACAAUCCCCGUGGUGAGGAGUGGGACGGUGAAGUCCUGGAGCCAACCACGGAGGGACCUGCUCGUACAGCGGAAGAAGAAGCACGGUGGCACAAAGCUAUUGAAGAAGCGACUGCCACGACACAGGCGAAAGAUUCAGACUUUGCUACCGAACAAAUGAAGUGGGAGAAUGAGCCAGCCCUCGAGGCAGAACAGGUUGCCGCGAUUGAGAAGCAGAUCGGUGCUGGUCUGAUUGAGGAGGUCAUCCAGGUCGCCGAAAAUGAGCUGAAGCUUGUCGACGAAAUGUACAAGUCUAAAGUGUGGGAGGAACUGGAAGAGAAGCCUCGCCCGGGUCAGUGGGUCUACUUCGAUCGUGUCCCCCCUUCUUCGCCUUAGUAGACUUUUGAUGUCUCGCAUAUUACUUGUUCGAAUGAAAAUUACUUGUAUUUAUUAGCCAACGUGGCCCUACAUUAGAAUGGGCACCCAUUUGAGACAAUCACAACCGUUUCUACGAGACUG